UUAUUUUCCAUUAUACAGCGCGAAAGUUGAAUGGGUUUGUUUUGUGAGAGACGUUUUAGCUUUUGUCUCUGGCCGUCGGGUUUCCUCUUUGUCUACAAUACAUUCAAUAACAAGGGCAAUAGGGGAUCUGCCUUUUGUGCCCGAAGAAAAUGGCCACAGUUACAAGAAAGAACACCAAUUUUAAAAAGGGCAACAAAGAGAAUGCCAAACCAACAAGUGGAUCCACUAAGUGUUUAAUUACUAGAGUUGCUCCUACUAAAACAGUGGCUGCUCAAUUUGCCCCUCUGCUUUCCAAGAGCAAUAAAAAGGAAGACUUGGGAAAGGGAGAGGAUGCUCUAAAGAAGGUCAAGACGGAGCAGAAAGAUGUGAUGGCAACAACCACUGGCAAUACGAAGAGACGCAACACCUUCAGCCAAGCCUUCCUCACCAAACAGGCUGUCAGACAGAGAAAGCUGGUUGCAGAUGCCCCAAAGCCUCCAGCUACCGUCCCAGUCAAACCUGUCCCUGGCGCAUACAAGGGCAAGGUUGUCCAAUCCAAAAUAAGCUCCUUCAGGAAGCCUAGUGGCCUGGAAGGAGGGCUAGAAAGCAAAGCAGCUGCGAAGACCGCUGUGUCCAAAGCUAAGGGCCAAAAGCCUGGAUAUUUGACAAAGUCCAAAUCUGUUGCUGAUUUGCCUGGGCGUGACAUGUUUAAGCCCCCCCAAUCGUGUCAACCCUCAAGAUCCAAGUCUGUGUCCAAUGGGCCUCCUCCAGUCUCCAAGUGUCCAGUCCCAGCUAUACGCCGUCCCACGGGCGUUCUCUCUGCAGUCCCUCCUUUCAGAACUGCUCCAUUUACCACAGCUCGCCCAAGCUCCACUAGGUCUGCCAUGACAUCUAAGGGGAAAGAGCUACCGCAGGGCACCAAGCCUAAGAUGACAGUGGCAACUGACAAGAAGGUUCACAAGAUUCCAGUUGCCAGCACCCGAAGCCAGUACAGGGCUAUCACAGAGACGGCUGAAGAGAGAAGGACAAAGCUGGCAGAGUGGCUGGCAUCCAAGGGAAAGACUCUGAAAAGGCCUCCCAUAUCAGCAGUGGCACCCCCAAAGUCUAAACCAUUUGUGCAGCCAGAGCCUGAAGUGCACCCAGAAUCCACAGCUGUCUCUCAACUAAAGACCAAUGUUGCGCCUCAGCCCGUUGACCAGGAGCCACAACAACCUGUUGAUGAGCCUGAACCGACUGUUCGGCUUAAAAACGACCAGGUGGUCAUUGAACAGGAGGCAGCCUGUGCCUCAACUCCACUGACAAUGAACACGACAUUGGACCUGCUUGACAACUCUGAUACAGAUUUUCUUCCUGUUGAUCCAGAGGUCAGAAUGAAUGAUAUUGUGGUCAACCUUCGUGAUGCAUUGGAGAAGCCCUCAGCAUGUGUGGAUGAAGACCCGAAUGAGAAAAGGGAUGAAUCUGAAGAGAAAAUGGUGGAGAGACAUACAAAUAAGGAAUUUGAAGAAAGGAAUGAGUCUCCUGUGAAUAAGGAUGUUGAAGUGAAAUGUGACGUAGGAGAGGGAGCUUCAGAGCAGAAAGUAAGGAAGGGUUAUAUUGAUGAAGUUCAUGACGACGGUGACUGUUUGAUGGAGACGACACCAGAGGCAGACGGCACAUCAGUGGUGAAAUACAGUGUGAAGACAACUCCAUACCUGCAAAGUGUUAAGAGAAAAAUCGACUGUGAGGCAUGUGCAAGUGGUUCCAGGCGAAAGAGCACCAUCAAGGAUCUGAAGUUCCUGACACCAGUCCGUCGUUCCUGUCGCAUCCAGCGAACAGCAUCCCGCCUGCCUGGGAUGCUGACAGACCAUGACACCUGUGUGUCCUCGCUGGCUGAGCUGGUGAAGCUGGACGACGAUGCCAACGCCUACAUCUACAGGAGGAACCCUGCCCUUCUGGAGGACCUGCCUGACCAUCCCAAAGACCUGGAGAGGUUCUGAGUCUUUGGAUGAUUGUGAAGAGGCCUGAAAAGGAAGAUAAAAAAUGUGUAGUUGAUCGGCACUUUACAGAAGGGGUAUUAAAAUAAUGAAAAUGGAUGAUUUGCUAUUUUACAUAAUGUUAAUCCAAAUUGUGAUAAUAUGGACUGUGUGGCAGACUAAUAUUACUGAUCCACUAAGACUGGGUGCCUCAAUUAGGCAUGCCUUUUUGUUCUUCUGUUUCUUAUUUCUUUGUGUUGUCACUUCUCAUAAGGAAGACUGGUUUGCUAUACCUUGAUCUGCUAUACCUAUUUUAUUUGUUAUUGUAUAUAUUAUCUGUUUUUAUGAAUGUAUUGUUUGUUCUUUUAAUGGCAGAGUUGAUACGUUAAUAUCUACCACACAGUUUUACCAUAUAUUUAAUAAUGUACAACACAGCUUUUAUCGGCAAAUCUGUGUUGCACAUCAAGGAAAAGUGACAACCUAUUUUUUUAGCAAAAUAGGUGUUUGGUAGAAUUAUUGCCGUUGCAAUUUUAAAUGGGAAAUUCCAAUAAAUUGACAACUCACUGGC